ACAGCGCCGCCCAGCAGAGCUUCAUUAUUCACUGCUAGUUGUAGGUGAAGGUUCUUCCACUGAGAAAUGGCUGAAACUGCUCCAGCUCCCGCUGCCACGCCGGCAAAAGCUCCUAAGAAGAAAGCGGCGUCCAAGCCCAAGAAAACGGGCCCAAAUGUCCGCGACCUCAUCGUCAAGACUGUGACGGCCUCCAAGGAGAGAAACGGCGUGUCUCUCGCAGCCCUGAAGAAGGCUCUCUCCGCCGGCGGAUAUGAUGUGGAGAAGAACAACUCCCGCGUCAAAACCGCCGUCAAGGCCUUGGUGACCAACGGCACUCUGGCCCAGACCAAAGGCACAGGCGCCUCCGGUUCAUUCAAGCUCAACAAGAAGCAAGCCGAGCCCAAGAAGGCAGCCAAGAAAACCGCCGCGAAAGCCAAGAAGCCGGCUGCUAAGAAACCCGCCGCUAAGAAAUCUCCCAAGAAGGCGAAGAAACCGGCGGCCACAUCUGUGAAGAAGGCGACAAAGAGCCCAAAGAAAGCUAAGCCAGCAGCUGCCAAGAAGGCCACCAAGAGCCCCAAGAAGGCAAAGAAACCAGCAGCUGCCAAGAAAGCAGCCAAGAGCCCCAAGAAGGUGAAGGCAGUCAAGCCCAAAACGGCCAAACCUAAGGCGGCGAAGCCUAAAAAGGCGGCUCCCAAGAAGAAGUAAUCGCCUAUAUCUGCUCGAGUCUUCCAAAAACCAAACGGCUCUUUUAAGAGCCACUCACAUAACAGUGAAGAGCAUUAUUUCAGAAGCCUCAAACAACUAAUCAUGAAUAGUAACUAAAUAAACCACCAGAAUAAAGAAAAGGGCAGGAAACGUAACGUAUGUGUUCGAAAGCAUCCCUUUCGUUCCGGAUGAGGAAUACCUUUGUUAUUUGCAGUUUUGUUUCAUCCACGUGAAUCAAUUUACUCAAAGGCCUAAAGUAGAACACAGGUCGGCGCACAGGUUUAGCACAAACGUAUGACGCUCGCUUAAAGCUUAUUUUUGUCCAUAUUUCCACUUGAAGCAUUUACUCACAUGAAAAUCACAAAUUACGGUUGGCUUAUUCUACUCUAAACGGAAAAAAAUGCAAAGGAUUGAACAUAAAGUUAAACAAACAAAUCUACAAAUUAAAAAUAAAAUGU